AUGGCGGAGGCGGUUGCGGUGCUGCGCGCGAAGAAGCAGGCGGAGGGAAGGGAGGUGGCGGAGGAGGAUGUUGGCGAGGCGUCGUUUUCGCGGUCGAAGAGUUUGCUGGACGACAAUUUCGAGGCGUACGAGGCGGCCAACUACCGCAUGUGGGUUCGAUCCAAAUCCGAUAAUCAACCCAGCCGCAAGUCCACGGGGUCUCGUAGACGCAAGCAGCACAAUCUAGAUUUCCUCGAUAGCCAGGGCAGGUUCACGCCGCAAAAUGCGGAGCUCAUGGCGCGACUCGCGUCAAGCUCGUCUCCCAGUCCGCUCGUUUCCGUCAACGAAGUCCGGGAGGGGCAAGGUGACGACGGCAAGGAGGUUUACGGGGGGAUCCGCGCGGAGGGCGGAGCGGAGAGGUUGGCGGAGGAAGGGAGAUCCGGCGGAGAGGGUUUGGGGUCCGAGGGAGCGCGGGACAGCAGCGGCAACAGCAGCAGCGGCAGCAGCCAUGGGAGCGCGGCAGACGACGACAGAGGGCUGCGCGGCUUCUUGCGGCAAUGCCGUCCGCGGAGCAGGCGCGCAAGCCACACGCGCGCCGACGAGAGCAGCGCCGAUGGCGCGGACGGCGGAGAGGGCGGGGAGGGGAAGGCGACCGCGGCGGGGGGUCCGCUGAAGCGCAGCUUGACGGAGGAUGCGACGGGGGAGACCAUGGCGCGGAGCAUGUGCGCGGCGGGCUCGUUGAAGGGCCUCACGGGGGGGGCGAGCUUGUCACAGUCGACGAGGGACGUUCUGCAGGACGCGGAGAUGGACGAGAUGGACGGGGAGGUGCUGCAAGAGGCAUUUUCGCGCGUGGUGGGGCUGCAGCAGCGCGUGCAGCACUACCGCGACCUGGGCGGGUUCGUGGUGCUCAUGGCGCUCUUCAUCACCAUCCUCUACCUCCAGGCUGACUCCUCCAGAAGCUACCAAAUCACCGCCGCGCAUGCCGUGCUCUUCCCGCCUGGCUCCUCCUCCCAUCCAUGCUCUCACCCCUCACCGCCUCGUCGCUCAUUCGCCUCUUCUCACCCUCCACCCUGCGUGCAUCUCUCCCCACCACGAGAGCAGGGCAUGCGUCAGGAUGCGUCCAACACCUUCAACGGCCCGGAUGACUUCUACAGCUGGCUCAACACCAGCAUCGUGCAGAGUCUCUGGACAGACCCAGCAUGUGGCACCGGCUCGUGCGACCGCCCCUUCCAGUACCCCGCGUUUGGCCGCUUUGGCUGCGAGGCGGACUGCGGAAUCUUCCCCAACCUCACCUCCAUCGUUAUCCGCCUCUCCUCUCAGCUAGACACACAGCAGGCUGCAGACGAAUCUUCCUGGAACCUCUGCAUGGUCAACCCGGUCUCCCUCUGCUGGUACGAAACGUUCCAGCCGUUUCCACUCGGUACGGCAGACGUGUCGGUGGCGUUGGACAUCCCGGACGGCGACUGGGUGAUGGUGCUCAACGCACCCGCGGGGGGCAUCCGCGGCACCGUGCACGCGCCCCCUCCCGGCACGCAGCGCAUCAGCAUCGUUGGUGCCGCCUCCACCCUCGAGCUCGCCGCAUGGGGCUACUGCGAGCACGACGAUGACGUGGAUGCAGCCAAUCAGGCGCAGCCCAGUGGCGGCUCUGCUGGUGCUGCACCUGAUGUCUGUCGUGAUACAUGUGCAAAGCUGGUGGUCUGCCUGCCAGCAACCUGUGGGCGAGCAUUCACGGAGAGGGAGGUGGCAGGGGCGUUCGUGGACUGUGCGCGCAUGUGCAUCGUUGCACCCUCCUCCAUCACCACCUACGCCGAUACCACGUGCCGCAUGCCUGAGAUUGCAAUGAUAUUUUCCAACACCCCAUGCAACGUUUCAGCAGUCAACGCCACGGCACACAUCGCUCGCCUUGCCCGCCGCAAGGCCCAGGCAAAGCACCGCCGCCUGCACCCACAUCGCUACAGCUAUUGGACCUCCUCUGCCUUGCCCGAUGCGGCCCCUCCUGUGUUCGCCACGCCGGCUGCUGCUCGACUGACAGCGCUGCAGGUGGCGGUGUCUCGUUCGCUCUUCACUAUGGCCAAGGACCGCUGCCUCGCCGGCCGUUCUCCUGGGGCAGAAGUGAUGCAAGUGGCGGGAGCAACCAACCACACGCUGGGAGGGCCGGGCAGCGUGAGGUGGCGCAUAGUGGCGUGCCUCUGCACCAUGCUGGGGGGACCGUCCACAACACUGGAUGAAUGCCGGUUCACGGAUGAAGCAGGGCAGCCGUUGGUGGAGGGGGGUGAGAUGUAUGCAUACCUGCAGCGCAUGCAUGUGAGCGGCGGGCGCAUGAUCUCAGCGCAGCACAUGCGGCGAUUCGUGCAGACCAUGGUGGCGGCGCUGAGGUCCGUCACACCCAUGGCAGACGAGGCUGCUGCUCGCCUCAACUCGCUCAUGCACUCCUUCGACGACGCGAUUGUCACAUCUGACACUGUCGGCUGCUCGCAAGGCGGAGCGUGGUUGCCGUGGCGGACAGGCGUGACGCACAACACGACCAUCCAUGUGGGCGACAAGGUCACCUGGGUGUGGGAUGACGACCUCCCGCACUCCCUCAGAGUGGCGGGGAUGGGCGAAGCAGGCGACCCGCUGUUCCUGGGCUUCGGGGGGGACCGCCUGGCCGUGUCACGGCAGAUGGUGUGCACUCCCAUGAACUUGGGCGCUGGCGACAUGAGCGAUGACCCCGUGCCCUGCGUGCUGAGGAUGGAGGACGAGCCUGUGGGCACCUUCGCCUACAGCAGGGUGUUUGGGCAGCCCAUCAGCAUCAACUACCAGGACGGUGCUCUGCCUGCCACGGCUGGAGACGCGCUCUCUUCCUCCUCCUCCUCCUCCUCCUCCACCACCUCCAUGACCACCAGCAUUCUCACAGUGUUGCCUGCGAGGACGGGGGUGGAUGCUGCUGCUGGUUUUGUCAAUAGCACCACCACUGUCUUUAAUACCACCACCACCAACACCACGGCAACCUACGAGUGUGCGCCGGGCUGUCUGCUGCGGCGGCUGGCGAAUGGGGUGUGCGAUGCGGCGUGCAACACGCCCGCAUGCGCCUUUGACGGUGGCGACUGCGCGUGUGUCGACCCGCUCUUUGGCCCCGGCAUCUGCGCCUGCCCGCCCAGCCACACACGCCGCGACGACGGCUCGUGCUGUCUAUCCACGGCGGUGGGAACGAAUCUCAACUUCCCCUUCUCACUGCAGCGCUACGGCCCCAACUACACAGAGAGCAACUACGUCUUUGCUGCAGAGAGGGGCUUUGCUGCCACACGCUAUGUGUCUCGCCGCAACCGUCUGCUGAUCGGCAUGAUGCUACAGCAGGAGCGGUGGGGCACACAGCAGUGCAGCGGGCCGGGCCUGCUGCACCUGGCGGGGUGGUGCAGCAACGGCACAUCCAGGGAGCCGUUUGGAGUGAACCCGCACUUCCUGCCCACGUCGGCCAUCUACGACAGCGCUGCCAGCGCCAACAUGACCCAGCUCGACAACAACACCUUCGGCUUUAAACUGCAGUUCAACCCUCAAGGCCUCCC